UCACCACCCCAUCACCAUGCGGCCAUGUCGGUUCUUCAUCUUGGUGCAGGAUUUCUCUGGGGGAGGUGAGGGGCAGGUGCCCCGGGGCAGCCUCCUGAGACAGGCAGGCGAGCCCCCCUCCCCGGACUGCCCCUUCUGGGCCAAGCUGCUGGACACGGAGGCCAUGGUGCAGGUGCCGGCCCGGGCUGCGCAGGAGCUGAGCAAAGAGCAAGCUGGGAUGCUGCAGGCCGUGACCAAUGGAGAUGAGCGACUGGAGCUCUUCAGACAGGAGGGGCUGCUGGGCAGGCGGGGGGCCCUGUGCCCAGGGGACCGGGUCCGGGUCCAGAUCACCUCGGCCUCUGGGGAGAAGGUCCGGGGUGUCCUGCGCUACCGAGGACCCAUGGGAGACGGCAAGGAGCAGGUUGGAGUCAUCUUCGGGGUGGAACUGGUGGGAUCAGCGGCUGGGAAGGGUUUCACCGACGGCUCCUUCAGAGGCCAGAAGUUCUUCUCAUGCCGGGAGAACUGCGGGGUUUUUGUGCCUGUGAGCCGGAUUGAGCCAGAGGAGGGGUCUGAGUGCAGCCCCCUGAUGGCUCCCCGGGGCAGCCGCCGGGCAUGCACCAGGCUCCAGCUGGCCGCAGGGGACCCCCUCAAAUCUCCACCCCUUGAGCUCGGUGAUCGGGUCUUCUUCAGGAUGGGUGACAGUGCCCCCACAGGCACUGUGGUUUUCUGCGACUAUCUGCCGAAGAAGGAGAUGACAGGGGUCUUUGUGGGGAUCUUCCUGGAUCAGCCCGUUGGCUCAUGGGAUGGCAAAUUCAAAGACCAAUCGCUUUGCCACCUCCCCUCUCCAGAGUAUGGGAUCCUCCUGCCAAUCGCCAAAGUACAUAAAGAAAAGGCUGAUGAAGGCCCCAAGGCCUUGAGUGAUGACUCCUCCCGAGGGCUCCUCAAUGACCUCCCGUCCCCCUCCUCCAUUCGAUACCCCCCCAGACCGGAAUGGGAGUUCCCUCAUGGCUCCCCCUCCUCCCUGUUGACGGGGAGCACCAAGGAGCGGGGGGAAGGGGAGGAGGAGGAAGGAGAGGAGGAGGAGCUGGCUUCGCCCCCGCUGGAAAUCAACUCUGUGGUGGAGGUGCACGACCCCCCAAUCUACGGGGUGAUCCGCUGGACUGGGAAGCUGCCAGAUGUGAGGGAGACCAUUGCAGGGCUGGAGCUGGAGGAGGCGCUGCCCUCGGGCUGCACGGAUGGGAUCUACCGAGGGAUGCGAUACUUUCAGUGCCCACCUGGCAAGGCUCUCUUCAUCAAGCUACGCCACUGUCGGCCCGAUGCCCGCUUCGGGGUGCCCCAGCCCCCUGAGAACCCCGUGCUGCGCUGCAACUCACUGGCUUUCAGGGUCUAUGCCAGCGAGCGGGUGCUAGAGGACACCCCCCCGGGGCUGGGUGAAGAGGUGGGUCAGCGCCUGAUAGGCUGGAAGAAGGGGAUACAGGGCCAUUGCAACUCCUGCUACCUCGAUGCCACCCUCUUCUGCAUGUUUGCCUUCAGCUCUGUGCUGGACUCGCUGCUGCUGCGCCCCGCGGACAAGAACGACGGGGCAUCUUACGAGGAGAUCCGGGACCUGCUGAGAACCGAGAUCGUUAACCCCCUUCGCAAACAUGGCUACGUCUGCGCCACCAAGGUGAUGUCCUUGCGGCGGGUGCUGGAGGCGGCUGGACGCUCCCCGGGCUUCACCAGCGAGGAGAAAGACCCCGAGGAGUUCCUCACCCUGCUGUUCCGGGUGCUGAAGGUGGAGCCCCUCUUUCAGAUCCGGUCGGCGGACAAGGACCCCCAGGGCUGCAUCUUCUACCAGAUCUUCAUGGAGGGGAGUGCAGGGGGUGCUGGGCGGGGGGUCCCCACAGUGCAGCAGCUGCUGGAACGGUCACUGGCUGCUGGUGACCUCAAGUUCACUGAGGCUCCCUCCUGCCUCAUCCUGCAGAUGCCCCGCAAUGGCAAAGACUACAAGGCCUUUGCCACCAUCCUGCCUAGCCUGGAGCUGGACCUUACUGACCUGCUGGAGGACACCCCCCGGGAGUGCUGCAUCUGCCAGGCUCUGGCGCUGAGCGAAUGCCCCCAGUGCUUCGGGGACCCCAGCAUCGGGGCAGGGAGCACCCGUCAGUACUGCGCUCUCUGCUGCCAGCAGGUUCACCGUCACCGCGCCCGGCGCUCCCACCGCCCCCGCACCCUGCGCCUACCCCCCGAGCUGGAGCACCUGCCGCCCCCAUCAGGCCCCCCGCCCCGCCAGACUAUGCAGCUCUACGCCGCCCUCUGCAUUCAGACCAGCCACUACGUGGCCUUCGCCCGCCACGGCCCACGCCGCGGCCAAUGGCUCUUCUUUGACAGCAUGGCCGACCGCCAGGGUGGCCAGAAUGGCUUCAAUAUCCCGCAGGUCACACCUUGCCCGGAGGUGGCUGACUACCUGGAGAUGAGCCCGGAGGAGCUCCAACCCAAGCACUUGCCAAUGCCAUGGGCUGGGAAGAGCCUGCAUGUGGUCACCAGAAAUACCUGCCUGGAUCAGUUGGUCCACUGCCAGGAGCCAUGGAGAGAUGGGGAUUGCCAGUGCCGAAGAGUCUUGGAGGCCUCUAUGGCUCCGUGUGGGUUCUUAGGCCUGGCACACUAAAUUUCCCACAUAUUUGGUUUCAACCCGCUCUGCUCCCCGGCCGUCUCACAGAGAUCCCAACUCAAGGGCCUUUCAUAGGUCCCUGCCGCUUUCCUUCUUUCUCCUCCAUUUCCCCCCCUUCUAUAGCCCCCAAAGAGAAAGAAAGGAGAAAAGCAAGGAAAUUCAAUGCCAAGAACUUGGUGAACGCUGACAAAAAUCAAUGCUUUAUUCGGGAUUGACAAAUGCAUUCCGCCACAGGUUCCACCCCAAAAUGAUCCCAAAGCAGAAUUCAGGCUGCAGGAGGAUUAGAUUUUUAUCUUUAAAUGUCGGUAAACGUUGAUUUCACAAUAAUAAUCAAAAUCAACAGCUAGGCAAGGUAAGGAAAAUGCUGUUUGCAUAAUUACUAGACUUUGAUUUAAGGCCAUUUACACCGUAUAUUGGCCAUGUGCUGUUGACAAAUUGUGUUUUACUGGCCAUAAAGCUUUAACUUUUUGAAUCUCAGUGUCCACUGUCAUUAAAUAAUUAUUGUCUGUCCUCCUCCAUUGUCUGAUCCCAGUCAAUUUCCCACAACUGUGAAAAUGUAAAUAGAUAUUUUUUUUAAAUAACAAAAGGUUAAAGGCCAUAA